AUGGCUCAAGUGACUGGUGUUAUUUGUCAAGUUGUUUUGGUAAAGUUCACGGAAUUCCUGCUAGACGGGAAUCAACAUCAAAUAGGUAAAAGCGGCAGUGAAGCGGAGGGGUUAAAUAAGACGUUGCACAAAGAAAAUGGAAGAUUUCACUGUGAAACAAUAAUGCACAAAGCCGAAGGGAGGGCACAAAGCAGUGUGUAG